GUGACGUCAGAGUAGUCAUCCUGACACUGACGCGCGCUAGUGAAGAAUGUACUUGGAUUCCAGCUACCCUACAGCGGUGUUUUGCAUAAUAGCUACCGAGUUUUGCGAAAGGUUUUCCUUCUGCGGCCUGCGAACCAUUCUAUCGCUCUAUUUGCGCAACAUCCUGCUAUUCAGUGAAGAUGCGGCCACCGUGAUCUACCACAUCUUCAUCAUGGUCUGCUACAUAGUGCCACUUGUUGGCGCAAUAUGCGCGGAUAGUUUUUUUGGAAGAUAUCGGACUAUCCGGAACUUUUCGUUAAUUUACCUCGCAGGGAACAUUCUGAUGUGCGUAGCGGCUGUUCCUGUGCUGGACCAUGACCCAAUGUAAGUGUUUAAUCUGUAUUAUCUGGCAUA